GACAUACAACAAUAACAAUAAAAGUCGUCUUGUUCUACGGUCCCUCACAGUCUCGAUCUUCGUUGUUGUACGAUUCUUCCUUCCUUCCUUCCUUCCUUCCUUCCUUCCUUCAUCAUCAAAUCGAAUCAAAUGCCAACCAGAUGUUCAUCAAUUCUGAAACCGAUUGCCAAAACAACAUAAACAAAAAGGUAUUCAACACAACCCCCUUUUCUUCUUCUUCUUCUUCCUCUACUUCUUAACCUAAUUUCACCUUUUCACGGACUUCCUCGAUCCAUCUUCCCUUUCCCCCUUUUCUCUCCAUUCCUAAUCUCAUCCCAUAUUAUUAUUAUUAUUAUUCGAUUUACUUUUCCUUAUUCAUCUCUUAUCUCUUUAUUUAUUAUUUAUGUUUCGGGAUAUUUACCCAUCUGAUUAGGUUUCCAACUAGUAAUUCCUACUUCACUACACCCAGAUUCCUCAACCGAUUUCAUUUCAAUUUUUAGAUUUAGAUCCAGACUUCAACAUCAGAAUCAUAUGUUACAGAAACUACACCUUUUAUAGUUGAGGGAUUUGAUCAAGCUCAAGUGAAUCAAUCAAUCGGUGUAUUGAAAUCUGAUGAUAUGGUUGUAGACAGAUAGAUGAGUAUUUCACAAUGAGUGGUGAUAGGAUAGGAGGGUUAUAUAUAGUCAGUCCAUGGAUGCAACGGACAACCCUUUAUCUGAUCUGUUAGGUGCCUUGAAAUCUUGGGGGGUCCCUCGGCGGCAGUCUGACCCGGUUAACGUGUCGAGGGACUUUUGGAUGCCCGAUCAGAGUUGCAGGGUAUGCUACGACUGUGAUUCCCAGUUUACUUUGUUCAAUCGAAGGCAUCACUGUAGGUUUUGUGGUCGUGUUUUCUGCGCCAAGUGUACUCAAAAUUUUGUCCCCGCGCCAUCGUCUAGUGUUGUAAGGGAAGAGAGUGGGAAGAUCAGGGUCUGUAAUUAUUGUUUUAAGCAAUGGAAGCAAGGUGGCUUGGCUGAUCAAGAGAUCCAGGACAGUAACCUGGAUCUCAGCACUUCACCGUCUGCUGCUAGUUACAUCAGUACGAAAUCCAGUGGCACUGCUGACAGUAGUUGCAUAACUUUUACAUCUGCAGUCAGCUCUUUUCAACAGCAUCCUAAUCAUUGUCAAUCUUUAGUAAUGGAAUCAAAUCUAGACGAGCACAACUCAGUCGCAACAAAGAACGAUGAGCAACAAGUUGAUGUGGGAAAUCAUUCUCCUACUCGAUCUGAGUUCGGCAUGAACAGGGGUGAUGACUUGGAGGAUGACUUCGCUUAUUCAAGGCAUCUUUCACAGGCUGAUAAUGCGUAUUACGAUGAACUUCAUCUAGAUGACUAUGGGUCCCGCAAGGUUCAUCCAGAUGGAGUAGCUGCUGAUGCAAGCAGCUCUUCUUUACAAAACAGUUUCGAGAAAAAAGAAGAUGAACAUGAUGUUGGUGAUGAAUGUGAAGCAUCGUCAUCCUCUUUAUAUGCUGCACAAGACAUUAAUUCUGAACCUGUAGAUUUCGAGAACAAUGGAGAGCUAUGGCUACCUCCUGAACCUGAAGACGAAGAAGAUGAAAAGGACGCUCUUUUAUUUGACGACGACGAAAAUGAAGAUGGCGAUGGUGUUGGAGAGUGGGGAUAUGGCAAUAUGGGGAGUGGAGAAUUUCGAAACAGGGAUAGGUCAAAUGAAGAACACAAGAAAGCUAUGAAGAAUGUAGUUGAUGGACACUUUAGAGCUUUAGUAUCUCAGCUGCUGCAGGCUGAGAAUCUUGCUGUAAAUGAAGAUGAAAAAGAUAAUUGGUUAGAAAUUAUAACGUCACUUUCAUGGGAGGCUGCAUCGUUGCUAAAACCAGAUACAAGCAAAGGCGGUGGAAUGGAUCCUGGUGGUUAUGUCAAGAUUAAGUGUUUAGCAGCUGGACGUCCUUCUGACAGUAUGGUGGUGAAAGGAGUUGUUUGUAAAAAAAACGUGGCUCAUAGACGAAUGACAUCAAGAAUAGAAAAGCCGAGAUUUUUAAUUCUUGGAGGGGCUCUGGAGUAUCAGCGAGUUUCUAACCUCCUUUCAAGCUUUGAUACUUUAUUGCAACAGGAAAUGGAUCAUUUAAGGAUGGCAGUGGCAAAGAUAGAUGCACACCAGCCUGAUGUUCUUCUGGUAGAGAAAUCAGUUUCACGUUACGCACAAGAAUACCUUUUGGCAAAAGAUAUAUCCCUUGUAUUGAAUAUAAAAAGGCCACUUUUGGAGCGAAUAGCUCGUUGCACCGGUGCUCAGAUAGUCCCUUCAAUCGAUCAUCUUUCAUCUCAGAAAUUGGGAUACUGUGACAUGUUCCAUGUUGAGAAGUUUGUAGAAGAACAUGGAAGUGCAGGGCAAAAUGGGAAGAAAUUGGUAAAGACAUUGAUGUACUUUGAAGGCUGCCCAAAGCCCUUUGGUUGCACGAUAUUGCUGAGAGGUGCGAGUGGUGAUGAACUGAAGAAAGUGAAGCAUGUGGUUCAGUAUGGAGUUUUUGCAGCCUAUCAUUUGGCUUUGGAGACGUCGUUUCUUGCUGAUGAAGGAGCCUCACUUCCAGAAUUACCCUUGAAUUCUCCGUUAACCGUUGCGCUUCCCGAGAAGGCGUCAACCAUUGAUCGAUCAAUUUCGACAAUACCUGGUUUUACACUCUCCAUGAAUGACGCUGAACCAUCAUCUAGGUCAAACAGUCUUCCUAUGUCAGAUGUGUUUUCUUCGAUAAUGAAUCAAAAGUCACAAACAAUGCUUUUGCCACUUGUGGAAUCUAAUACCCGUAAGUUUCAAAACAAACCUCUUACUUCCGUUCUUGACAGUUCCACCCCAAUGUCCGAUGGUUCAGAUGCAACAAAGGAUUCCUCUGAAGCAGUAACGACUAACGGCGACUUGGUUAAAAGUUCACCGAUUAGUGAUGACAUGGAACAUAUCGACCAUUUUUUGGACGGAAAGAAUGGUGGUGGUGGUGGUUCGAAGGAAGAGUUCCCUCCAACACCGUCAGAUCAUCAGAGCAUUUUGGUAUCGUUGUCAUCUCGGUGUGUGUGGAAAGGGACUGUAUGUGAACGGUCUCACCUAUUUCGCAUCAAAUACUAUGGAAAUUUUGAUAAACCGUUGGGACGUUUUCUGCGAGAUAAUUUGUUUGAUCAAGGGUAUAGAUGUCCUUCAUGUGAGAUGCCUUCAGAAGCACAUGUACAAUGUUACACGCAUAGGCAAGGCACGUUAACGAUAUCUGUGAAGAAAUUGACGGGAUUACCCUUACCAGGAGAAAAAGAUGGUAAGAUUUGGAUGUGGCAUAGGUGCCUGAAGUGUCCACGGGUUAACGGGUUGCUUCCUUCGACUCGAAGAAUUGUGAUGUCAGAUGCUGCUUGGGGUUUAUCGUUUGGAAAGUUUUUGGAACUUAGUUUUUCUAACCAUGCUGCUGCCAGCAGGGUUGCUAACUGUGGCCAUUCUCUGCAUCGUGACUGCCUUCGCUUUUAUGGGUUUGGAAAAAUGGUUGCUUGUUUUCGGUAUGCAUCAAUUAAUGUCCACUCUGUUUACCUUCCUCCUUCCAAGCUUGUUUUCAAAUUUGAGAAUCAGGAGUGGAUACAAACUGAAGUUAAUGAGGUUGUUAGUCGGGCUGAGUUAUUAUUUUCCGAGAUUCUGAAUGCACUGACUCAGAUUUCCGAGAAGAAAUUUGGGAAAAUGUCAUCUCAUAAUAACACAAAUAUGUCACAAUCAAGACGUCACAUAGCCGAAUUGGAAGAGAUGUUACAGAAGGAGAAAACCGAAUUUGAGGAGUCACUUGAAAAGAUAUUAAACCAGAAAGACCAAGGCAUUAUUGAUAUUUUUGAGAUCAACCGAUUGCGAAGGCAGUUGGUGUUUCAGUCUUAUGUGUGGGACCACCGACUAGUGUAUGCAGCUAGUGCUAGUAGCAAUGGUCCUCGAGGUGAUUUGGAUAACGUAAAAUCUGAAAAUGUGGAUAAAGUAAACGGAUUACUUCCUGAUUCAGAUGUUGGUGAGACUACUGAUACGAAGCAAAUUCAGUCUGAAGUAACACUGGAUUCAAGCCCUAAAGAAGAAAACAGUUCUGAUACAGGCGUUCAUAGGGUGGUUUCUGAAGGGCAGUUAUCAGUUAUGGCUAGUUUAUCAGACACCCUAGAUGCUGCAUGGACUGGUAACCUCCCGGGUUCCGAUCUGAACGAUACAGAUGAUAAGGGUGAUCAUGCUGAAGACCAUCAUACACCAUCAUCACUUCCGUCUCCUACACCGUCUACAAAAGGUUCCGAAAGUGUAGAAGAUUCGUCAAGCUGGUUUAGCAUGCCGUUUUUAAACUUCUAUCGUUCUUUAAAUAGAAAUCUAUUACCGUCUAGCCAGAAACUCGAAGCCCUAAACGAUUACAAGCCCGUUUAUAUCCGGGAAUCAGAACUCCAAGGCGGGGCCCGGUUGCUUCUAUCCGUGGGUAUUAACGACAUUGUUGUCCCGGUGUACGAUGACGAGCCAACAAGUAUCAUAUCCUACGUGUUGCUGUCCCAUGAUUAUGUUACACAGAUGUCUGAUGAACUAAAAGACGGGGAAUCUAUUUUUUCGUCGCAAUCUGCUGACUCAGCGAUGUUUCAGUCUUUCAGCAGUUUCGAUGAUGCAACGCUGGAAUCUGUUAAAAGCGGCGGGGACGAGAGUUUAUUGUUAUCCAUGUCGGGAUCUCGUGGGUCCCUGGCUUUAGAUCCGUUGUCGUACACAAAGGCUUUGCAUGCAAGAGUUGAAUUUUCAGAUGAUGGGAAAGUGAAAUACAGUGUGACAUGUUACUAUGCGAAACGGUUUGAAGCGUUAAGGAGGCUGUGUUGUCCUUCCGAGAUGGAUUAUAUAAGGUCUUUAAGUCGGUGUAAGAAGUGGGGUGCACAAGGUGGUAAAAGCAACGUUUUCUUUGCGAAAACUUUAGAUGACCGGUUUAUAAUUAAGCAGGUUACAAAAACAGAAUUGGAGUCGUUUAUUAAAUUUGCUCCUGCUUACUUUAAGUAUAUUUCUGAAUCUAUUGGUACUGGUAGCCCUACAUGUCUUGCAAAGAUUUUGGGCAUUUAUCAGGUGACUAAGCAAAUGAAAGGGGGAAAAGAAAUGAAAAUGGACGUGCUUGUUAUGGAGAAUCUUCUGUUUGGAAGGAAUUUGUCACGGCUUUAUGAUCUUAAAGGAUCUUCAAGGUCACGUUAUAAUCCUGAUUCGAGUGGGAGUAAUAAGGUUUUACUGGAUCAGAAUUUGAUUGAAGCAAUGCCAACGUCUCCGAUAUUUGUGGGAAAUAAAGCUAAACGAUUGUUGGAACGAGCUGUUUGGAAUGAUACUGCGUUUCUUGCUUCAAUUGAUGUGAUGGACUAUUCAUUGUUGGUUGGGGUGGAUGAAGAGAAACACGAGCUGGUGCUUGGGAUUAUUGAUUUCAUGAGACAGUACACAUGGGACAAACAUCUUGAAACAUGGGUGAAGGCCUCUGGAAUUCUUGGAGGGCCGAAAGCUCCUCCAACGGUGAUUUCGCCGAAACAGUAUAAGAAAAGAUUUAGGAAGGCAAUGACAACGUACUUCCUAAUGGUGCCCGAUCAGUGGUCUCCGCCUGCUGUUGUGCCAACCAAGUCCCAAGCAGAUCUCUCUGAAGCCGGGAAUGAAUGAAUGAACGGUGUUGGUGUAUGUAUAUUUUGAUGAUUGUCAGAUAUAUAUAUAUAUAUAUAUAUUUAUAGUUGGUUUUAUAAUUCAUUUUUGAGCAUCAUCAAUCAGUAUUCUCUAAAAAGAUGGGUGUUAUUUGUUGCUUUCAUCAUGGCGGUGAAGAAGAAAAGUGUUAUUACAAGAAAGUUUUGUACAUUUGUGUUUGUUAUGUGAAUAUUUGGUUUAUUGUUGUGACUUGUGAA